CGGUUCCGUCCCAACACGGAAAUGCGAAGCGGCGACGGGAGAAGUGACACCGUGGUUGUCAUGGAUGUAAAGCACCGCUACGAGCUCUGACUUCCCUCUGUGUUUGUCCUCGUCCCGCUCCGGCUUCAGCCGCCAUAAAACUUCCGCUGCUAGCUCCUCCACAGAUGGAGGAGUUUGACCUCUGUGGCUAGUUUGGUAGCUUCGUCCGGAGUAAUGAGUGUUGUGGGGGUCACCGGGGCUGUGGGCCGCCUGCUGUUGGCUCUGCUGCUGUUGUCCUGGGAGGGAAGACUGGUCCAGGUUGGAGGGGUCAGAUCCGUCACCCUCCCAGAGUCCCUUCUGUUUGUCUCAACGCUGGACGGCAGCCUGCAUGCCGUCUCCAAACAGUCAGGAGACAUCAAGUGGACCUUAAGAGAAGAUCCCAUUAUUCAAGUGCCCGUCUACCUCACAGAGCCAGGCUUCCUACCAGACCCCAAUGAUGGCAGUUUGUAUGUGCUUGGUGGGAAGCACAAGGAAGGUUUGAUGAAACUGCCUUUCACCAUCCCAGAGCUGGUUCAGUCAGCUCCCUGCCGAAGCUCUGACGGCGUUCUCUACACAGGUAAAAAGCAGGACGUGUGGUUUGUGGUUGAUCCUGAAACAGGCGAGAAGCAAACCAGUUUAACCACCUCCUCCUCUGAAUCUAUCUGUCCCAACACCCCUCUGCUCUACAUAGGACGAACAGAAUACGUGGUUACCAUGUUUGAUACCAAGACACAAGAGCUGCGCUGGAACGCCACGUACAACGAUUACUCAGCUCCUCCUUAUGAUGAGAAACAAGACUACAAAAUGGCCCACCUGGUAUCAAGUGGUGACGGUCUUGUUGUGACAGUAGACAGAGAGUCAGGUGAUGUCCUGUGGAGUCAGAACUUUGGCUCGCCUGUCAUCGGCGUCUACCUGUACUCCGGUGACUCACUGAGACACGCCCCUCACUUGUCCCUCGCCAUGGAAACGCUACGCUUCCUCACAUUUUCCUCUGCCAGCGACCAGACAGACGCACACUCCACUUUGAAGUGGAGUUAUCAGUUUGUGAAGGAACAAGCCAGUGCACAAGCACAACUAGUACCCACACUCUAUGUAGGAAAGCUGGAUUCCCACCUCUAUGCCUCGACUUCCCUUGUCCACCAAGGAGUCUCGUUAGUGCCUCGGGGACUGACCUUGGCUCGCAUCGAAGGCCCAGUGACGGCUGAAGUGACAGUCAGAGAGAGAGGAGAGUGCGAGAUCACACCGUCGACUGAUGUGCGUUAUCCACCAGGAAGCACAAACAGCCACAAGAACCACUGGCUGCUGAUAGGCCACCAUGAGCUCCCUCCAGUAGCCCACACCACCAUGCUGAGGGAUUUCCCAGUCAGCCUGCAGCGCUCUGGUGAGGCGGUCAUCCCCCCUCGAUCCUCUGCCUCCCCUGCCUCAUACUACCACGAGCGCUACUUUCAGACAGUUGCUGGUGGCCAUAGCGACGUUAAUGCUAACAAAGGAGGCGCUGAUGGGAGCACAUCAGGACAGGCUCAGAGGCCGGCCACGGUGCUGCCAGUCUACAUGACUCAGGACCGUCUGACGCUGGCUGUGUUGACACUGCUGCUGGGAGGAUGGCUCGCCUUCGCACUCACAUAUCCCACUCGCGCAGCCCAGCAGCUAAAAGCUCAAAGGCAGCUUGAAGAGGCUUUUGAGUCUCGUCUCCAGCAAAUGCAGACAAAUAUGCAGACCAGCACGCAGACAAACACUCAGACGGCGACCUCGGUUUCCUCAGAUGUGACCCUUUCUACGGACGCAAACGUCUCCAGUGACUCCCUCACUGCAUCUCCAGACCCUCCACCUGGUCCUCACAGUCACAACAACAGCACCUCAGAUGGAGAUAAAAAUGGCUCGUCUGGGCAAAACCUCGCAGCAGAGGGAAACAGUGAGGAGGUUCAGGUGGGAAAAAUCUCCUUCACCACCGCUGAGGUGCUCGGACACGGCACAGCAGGAACUUUUGUCUUCAGGGGUAAAUUUGACGGACGUCAUGUGGCCGUGAAGCGAAUCCUGCCGGAGUGUUUUGAGGUUGCAGAGCGAGAAGUUCAGCUUCUCCGAGAGUCCGACACACACCCGAACGUCAUCCGAUACUUCUGCACUGAGAGAGACCGCCUCUUCACCUACAUCGCCAUCGAACUUUGUGCUGCCACCCUGCAGCAGUAUGUGGAGGAUCCGUCGUGCUUUUCUGAGCUGAGUCCCAUAACUCUGCUGGAACAGACCAUGUGUGGCCUCUCACACCUCCAUUCACUCAAUAUAGUCCAUCGUGACCUGAAGCCCAGAAACAUCCUCCUCUCCGGUCCCAGCGCUCUGGGUCGAGUCCGAGCUCUCAUCUCAGACUUCGGCCUCUGUAAGAAGAUCCCAGAUGGUCGAAGCAGCUUCUCCUUGCGGUCAGGAAUACCUGGAACUGAAGGGUGGAUCGCUCCAGAGGUGCUGCGAGAUACACCUGGAAACAAACCGACAGCAGCAGUGGACGUGUUCUCUGCAGGCUGUGUGUUUUACUACGUGAUCAGCAGGGGGCAGCACCCCUUUGGAGAUGCAUUGAGACGACAGGUCAACAUCUUGUCGGGAGAAUAUUCACUCUCACAUUUUAUGGAGGAUAUACAUGAUGACGUCAUAGCACAGGAUCUGACUGAGCAGAUGAUCAGUGCGGAGGCAGAAUCUCGGCCCUCCACCGCCUGCGUCCUCAAACAUCCGUUCUUCUGGAGCCCAGAGAAGCAGCUUCUCUUUUUCCAGGAUGUGAGUGAUCGCAUCGAGAAGGAGCCGGCAGAGAGUCCAAUUGUGGUCAGACUGGAAACUGCAGGAAGAGCAGUGGUCCGAACCAACUGGAGGAUGCAUAUCUCUGUUCCUCUACAGACAGACUUGAGGCGGUUCAGGACAUAUAAAGGAAACUCAGUCAGAGACCUGCUGAGAGCCAUGAGGAAUAAGAAGCAUCACUACCAUGAGCUGCCGCCGGAGGUGCAGGAGACUCUGGGUGAGCUGCCCGAAGGCUUCGUCAGCUACUUCACCUCUCGGUUUCCACGACUGCUGAUGCACACUCACGCUGCUCUGCACAUCUGCUCACAUGAGAGACUGUUUCACCCCUACUAUCUGCCCCCCACUUUCAAGUAGCUCGCACAUGACUCUGCACUGUGCACUCCAUGGCACACAGACAAGUAAAAAAAAAAACCUGACAGUACCAUGUUAUUGCUUUUGUAAAGCAUACUGUUAUUAGGGAAGAAGUUACAGUGCUGUGAAGAAUGCCUUGGGUUGUUUUUUAAAUUAAUUUUAAUGUAUUUUAUUUUGUACUCCUCCACAGGCUGCAUACAUUUGUAUUAAUAAUGUUUUAAACUAUAUAUUUUAAUGAACACUCCCUUUCUGUGGCCUCUGGAGUGCCGCUUCGCUCUGGUUUUGUUUUCGGGAAGCAAAACUAAAUAAAAUAGGAAUUGAAUUGUUAUUAAAAAUAAUACAUGAUAAAUCAGUGGAGACAUUUUAAAUAUUCUGCACAUAAUGUACAUUCAAAUAAUUGUAAUGCAGCCAUUUUGUGUCAGCGCUGCUCGGAUCUCAUGUUCAGUCGAUACAGACUUUAAAAUCAGAAGAAAACUUAAGGACUUUGUCGCAGCACUGUAGGUAACGCAGCUGGUUUAAUAACGAUGAAACCUCGUGUUUCUGUUUCCAGAACUUGUGUUAGGAGACUGAAUCGAACCAGUUAGUUUAAACAGUUCGCUCCUCUUUUGGUUCCUGCUGCUUCUGUUAGCUCUCUGCAAAAAGACUCUGAGAUGUUGACCUGCAGUUUGUUUGUAUUUGGUGUGUCUGCAGCUGAACACCGACUGUACUUAUCCACUAAAAGCACCGCAGUUAAAAUGUGGGCAGCGUGCAUAUGCUGGGAAAGUCUGAUUUAUGACCAGAGUGAGUGGGUUGUGAUGUAAGAAUGACAGAUUGAAGUUAUAGACACAUACAGAUGAUUUUGUAUUGUUUAACUGAGCUGCAGUUCUGUUUCUCUGUAUUAUUGCUGCUGAAUGUUGAGUUUGAGCUCCAUAAAACUCCACUAAACCCUCUCCCUGUUGCUACUGGAUGCAGGUCUGUUUAUAGCUCUACUGCAGAAUGAAUGACUUGAACUUUUGUACUUUUUUGUUUUGGGAAUGAGUGAAUUAAAUUGAGGCUUUGGGUGUGCCAAAUAAUGAAAUGAA